GACGAGGGCAGGCUCAGGGCGGCAGAGGAGGGGCUGAGAAAGAUCACGCCGACGUCGCCCGUGUGGCACGACCAGCAGGGGCGGACCCAUGGGGGGCAGCAAGGAGCAGAUAGGCAACGUAUAGAGGCUUCCCUCAGUAGGCACAUUGGGGUCGCCAGCGGGGGGACAGGCCACCAGUAGCAAUACACGCCCGCCUGGGUAGGUAAGGUAGGUGUAAAAUUGGAGUUAUAUGGCCAACUCGGGAUUUGAGCUGUUAGCUAAUGUUGAAACUCGCGGCGCUCAGCGGAAGGGCUGGCGGCCUGGUCACCGAGCGGGACACUCUAGCUCUCGAACGAUGCACGCUCUCCGCCGGGCGUGGCGGAGUAGUCGCUUGCAUUUCGCUUCUGGAAAAGAAAUAGGGUCGUUGAAUAUACUUGGAGACAGAUUGAGAAACAAAUCGAUUGAGGAAAUUGUCGAAAACAUGCCGGCGCCAGCAUCUGGCUGUCGAUGGAUUAAGCUGCUAUCGACGCCAUCGCCGCCGAAUACAAGGAGAUGAGGGGCCUCGGCCUGUGCGAGGAGGAGUUUGCCACCUUCGCUAAGGACACCUUCUUUCGCGGCGAACGAAGAUCCGCCGCCAUAUCCGAAGACCGCCGAUGGCGCGCCGAGCGCAUGCUGCAGCUCGUCUGCCCUCCGAGGGAGAACGCCCACUGGCGCGUCCCUCCGCUCGUCGAUCCCGGCCCGGCCGCCGCCCAGCGAAUGGCGGAAGACUGGUCCUGGGAUGGAUUCAAGCCGCGAUAUCGCUUUCAAAUCCAGAACUGCACCUUCGUCAAAGACUGGAUCACCUGUCCUUACUUCACCAUCGAGUUCAAACGACCCGGCCCGUCCGACGACGUCGCUGUUGCCCAGGUGGUGGCCGCCGGCUCCAUUGCCCUCUACAACCGCCACCGCCUACGAGAAGAGGCCUUGAGCGUGUCCAAGGCUGGCUGGAAGCCCGAAGACACGAUUGCCCUCCGACACUACGCUCUGACCUUCGUCGGGCCCAAGUUCGUCUUUUGGAUUCUUCAGCCGCUCGUCGGCCCAAGCGGUGCGUGGAAGUGUUGCAAAACGACGAGACUGUGCGGAGCCGACUGCACGGAUGAGUUCGGAGUUAGGGAGAUGCUGACCUGGACGAACGAGAUCCACCGGUAGGCUUUGUCGGAGCAUGGACCGGCUUGCGAGAAAGAUAUUAAGAUAGUUCUCCGGGGUG